UUCUAUUUCUUAAUUUGACAUUAAUUCGCAUUUAUCUAUGGAUCAAAAUUGUUGCAUCGUUGCAUAAAAAAUUAUAAUUUAUAGAGAUACAUAAUAUUGUUGGGGAUAAAUAAUAAGCUAUAUUUAACAAUGUUGAUUACAGAUUAAGAGAGAGAGAGAAAGAGAGAGAAAGAGGAGAGAUAGUUUCUAUUAUGUAAUACAUAAAAUACUAUUAUAUAAGCAAGCAUUUUUAUUUCCUAUUAUUUUUCGUUCGUGCAACAAUUCUGUUAAACCAUCGUCAAUAUAAAUAUUUAAAAUGGUCUCAGCAUGGGAAGAUUUUUAUGCAAUGCAUCCUCCUCCUCAAGAUUUGUCACAAAAUGAAAAUGCUCUGAAAGAAUUUAUUCAGAAGCACUUAGACGAGGGCAAUAAAGUUGUAUUAGUAACAAGUGGAGGUACAACGGUACCCUUAGAACAUAACACUGUACGAUUUGUAGAUAACUUUAGUGCAGGCACAAGAGGAUCUGUUUCUGCUGAAUACUUCUUAGAGCAUGAAUAUGCAGUUAUUUUUAUGUACAGAGUCAAAUCCUUGGAACCAUUCUCAAGACAUUUCAUUGGACAAAAGUUUUUAGAUUUGCUAGAAAUAUCAGAUAAUAAUAAUGAAAAUCCUGUUAUCACAGUUUCAUCCGAAUAUGCACAGAAGGUAGCAACAGUACUGCAAAAAUAUAAAAAAGCAUUAGAUCAAAGGAAAUUGUUAGAACUCACUUUCACUACUCUUUCUGAAUAUCUCUGGCUGCUCCGAUCUGCUUGUCAAGCAUUAGCACCUAUGGAAAACAGAGCUAUUCUAUACUUAGCAGCAGCAGUCUCAGAUUUUUACAUUCCUUCUAAUGAAAUGUCAGUUCAUAAAAUUCACUCAACAGGACCACCAACUAUAUCUCUUCAAUUAGUACCAAAGAUACUAGCUCCAUUAGUUAGUUUAUGGGUACCGAAAGCAUUUGUAGUGUCCUUUAAAUUGGAAACUGAUGAAAGUGUGUUAAUUUCCAAAGCAAGAACUGCUCUCAAUAAAUAUCACCAUAAUCUUGUAAUAGCAAACAUGUUGCAAACUAGAAAGCAACAAGUGGUAAUUGUAAGCAAAGAGACAGAUUAUAUUCUGUCUCUUACAAAUGAGCAAUUAAAUACUGGUGAUGAGAUUGAACAAUUAAUUGUAAAUGACAUUGUUGAAAAGCAUACAAAAUUUAUGUGAUCUAAAUAAGUUAAUUGAUUGACUAUUACAAAAUAGAUAUAGAUAUUAUAAAAUAUUAAUUUUAAUAUUUCUAUGUAAAAUGCAUUUUAAAGACAUUAUAAUUAGAUAAGUUUUAUUAAUGGGAUACUCAGGUUUAAUAUAUAUUAAUUCAUACAUGUAUGAAUACACACAUGUAUAUAUUUAGGUGUACAGACUUAAGUUAUAAAUGACUAUUUUAUACAACAAAUAUUUUACAUUCACAUUUUUGUACAGAUUAUAAUAGGCAUGAGUAAAAGCUUGCUUAGGACACAUUGAUAUUGAUUAAAAUGAGAUAUAUUGUAAUAGAUCCUCUAUUAAAAUAACCAUUUAUUGUUUUGUUAA